CGGAGCGGAGCACGUGCACGGCGUCUCUCACGUGGGGAUGGGAGCGUGCGGCUUGGCGCUCUGAAUGAAUGGAGCUCGUGGAAAGCAUCAUCCGGCAGGAAGAGAGGCUCAGAUAACGCUGCCCUCAAGAUACCCCCAUGACCCAGAAUAUCAACGCCACCUGGGAGGGCCUGAGCCCUCCCAAUUCCUCGAGAGCGCCGGAAAACACUCCGACCCACCGCAACGUCACCUACGUGGCUUUCUACCUCCACGAGCCGUCUGUGGCUGUGGUCUUCACCGUCUCCUACCUGCUCAUCUUCCUGGUGUGCAUGGUGGGCAACGGCGUGGUGUGCUUCCUCGUGCUGCGCAGCAAGAACAUGCGCACCGUCACCAACCUGUUCAUCCUCAACCUGGCCAUCAGCGACCUGCUGGUCGGCAUCUUCUGCAUGCCCACCACUCUGGUGGACAACAUCAUCACGGGAUGGCCCUUUGGGAGCUUGGUGUGUAAGCUUAGCGGCAUGGUCCAGGGGAUAUCCGUCUCAGCAUCUGUGUUCACUCUGGUGGCGAUAGCCGUCGACAGGUUCCGCUGCAUCGUCUACCCUUUCAAGCAGAAGCUGACCAUCGCCACCUCCAAGUUAAUCAUCGUCGUCAUAUGGGUCCUCGCCGGGUGCAUAAUGUGUCCCUCUGGGGUCAUGCUGCAGGUGACGAGGGAGCAGAGGGUGCGAAUCGUCACCGGCAGCAACGGCGACAGCCGUCCGUUCUACUGGUGCCGGGAGAACUGGCCCAAUCAGGAGAUGCGUAAGGUCUACACCACCGUCCUCUUUGCCAACAUCUACCUCGCUCCUCUCAGCCUCAUCGUCGUCAUGUACGCCCGGAUCGGCAUCACCCUCUGCAAGACCGCAACCCCGGUGAGGGGCGCCGGAAGCGUGUCCGAUGAGGGCGGCGGCACCGUCAGGCCCGGCGCGGAGGGCCGUCACACACACAUUUCCAAGAGGAAGAAUCGGGUGAUAAUGAUGCUGCUGAUCGUGGCUCUGCUCUUCAUCCUGUCCUGGCUCCCUCUGUGGACGCUGAUGAUGCUGAGCGACUACGCCAGCCUGACGGAGCGCCAGCACCGCGUCGUCAACAUCUACGUCUACCCCCUGGCCCACUGGCUGGCCUUCUUCAACAGCAGCGUAAACCCCAUCAUCUACGGGUUCUUCAACGAGAACUUCCGCAGGGGCUUUCAGGCCGCGUUCAAAUUCCAGCUGUGCUCCGAGGGCAUCAGGCUCCAGAGGCCGUACUCCAAUCGGAACCGGGGGAACGCCGUGGUGCCGCUGCAGCCGGCUGUCCUCAGCAGACGGAGCUCAGGAGUCGGGUCGGUGGGGAGCGGGAAGCGCUCGCGUAAGGAAGGAGGGAGCCUGUCCGCCAAAAGCCAUGUCAAAGAGCAGGACCUGAUCGUGGAGGACCUGGAGAAGGUCUCCCAGAUCUAGACAGAACAUAGGCCCGUGGAGACCUUCUAAGGCUUGAAAGGACAGUGGAAAAGGCCGACUCGGACGGGAUUCGACGCCACGUAGAGGCCGUCUGUGAGUUGAAUGUACAUGGAGGGUUCAUGACUCCUUCUGGAGCUGUUGUGAAUGUUUAAUAUGGUGUACAAAGCCAAGGUAAACAAGCAGAGUUAAUUUUGGUUUAAAUCAGAGAGAAUCAAAUUUGAGGAAAAAUAUUCUAAAAGUUGAGGGCAGGAGAAGGACUUGUGUAUCUCUCGGCAGCCAAACAGACUAAAGUUUAUCAUUUAUUAAGUUUAUCACAGCAGUCAGUAAUCACUUUUCAUAAGGAGUCAGAGUCACUACGUUGUUCCGUAAUUUACAAAUUUAAUGAAUAACAAUGGCGCCAACUUUGGUGAGAAGUACAUCGUGUUCUGCUGAUCCCGCCGGGGGCCGGUUUGGGGUCGUGAAGCAGCGGCUGUAGGUGUGAGAUUUGGUGUGUUUCUUGGAUUGUCGUUAAAGUGCCGUAAAAGCACCACGCUGUGCGCUCCAACCCUGAUAAAAGGCGACGCAACACCUGUGCGAUUCAAUGAAUAGCAAAGCGGCGCCCUUCCUUUCCUUUGUUUCCGAGGAGCACUGCACGUAACUCCGGAAAGAUUUCGAGGAAUCUCCCAGCGGUUUUUCUGCCAAUUUAAGGAAACCGAGGAAGAGGAGUAGCACAAUUCUCGAGGGUGAAGUUGCAAGGCUCCUCCGGUCAAGCAGCCGCACGCCGCGGGCGCCAUAACGGACGGCCGUGACCAAGGAAGAGGAUCACAGACUCGUCGUGAAAGCCCCCUUAAAAUCCAAUUUUGACUCCAAAGACACAAAAGGUUGUGUUUUUUCGGCAUAGCUUCCAAACCAACACUAAAAGUGUACAAUAUGCUGUGUAAUUUUGUCAUUGCCAAACCUACUACAAAGGUGAUCUGUGUCAACGAUGGACAUCAUUAUAAAAAGGAUUUGAGCCCCUUUGCCCCCAAGUGACCUUUUUAUUUUUUUUUAAAUGUUUAGAUGUU